CUCCAAAAGGGGCCUGAGGCCUCUAACAACGUCACGGUCAGGGCAGCAGUCAAGAAGCUCGAUAACAUAGACUGACGUUUGCGCAGAUCAGACAUGGCAGGCCUCGCUCUAUGGCUCGUCCCUGCCCCGAUUAUGGCCGGUGAGCUGGCCUCAGAUCGUCAGGCAGACCGCUCCUCAGUGACCAUCAUUGGCGACCUUAUGCAACGCAUCAGGGACAAGGUCAUCUCCGAUCCUUCCCUCCCGCCGGCAUCUUCCCCCUUCCCACCGCAUGCCACACUCCUCUCCGGCCUCAAAGCAGACGAUGGGACGGACAACGGCAAGCGCGAUGAGCUAUGGAGCAAGGCGCUGCGAGUGGUUAGUGGAUGGAGGAAGGCGGGACAGCAUCUGUCAUCAACUCCAAUCUCCGAAGUCGAGACACGUGUUGAAAGUCUUGUAACGCGUGGCUGGUACUUCCAGAUCCUCGUCCUUGCCCUCGAGCUGACAGAGCCGCUGCUCAAGCUGAAUGAGCUCGCUCGCCAAACUCUGUUGCCGGAGACAAUCAAGGCAGCCCCGCCUUACUUCCCUCACGUCUCUCUCCUCUACUCUGACGCAACCGUCGAGCAAGCACGAGGCCUCAUCUCGGAGCUGAAGAAGGAAGACGAUGGAACAUUCAUGCCGAAAAGCAUCUGCUUCACGCACUUGGAGCUCUGGGACUGCAAUGGGGAUGUGGGGCGGUGGCACAGGCUGGAGAGAGUGGGCUUGGCGCAGGUGCCGCUUGAAGGGGACAGCGACAAGAUAGGGAAUUCGUGAUUGGUAUGCUCAUCAUGAGAGGACGCAAAGCGGUAUAGGCCAACCAGCGAGGCUACUGCCCCGCUUCCUCAAACCUCAACCCCCUGACUACGGGCCAACUGCGCUCCCUAAAUCCCCUCACAUUCCAGGGGGACUGCAUCUCCUGCACGACGCCCGCUUCCGUAGUGCAGCGUACCAGCAAUGCCCACUCCUCCUUCCCCUUCUCGCCAUGAUCUCGGGACCUUGGUGCGGGCAGGCGUGCUUCCCAUAGGGACCAACUCCAGGAGAAGCGCGACGAAGACGCUUCAGCUGCGGCAGCGUCGCCGAUUUGAAUGUGUCCGUCGACGACGUUGUCGCCCUCUCGCUGGGUCGAGUCGAGGAGAAGACGACUCCACUUCUCCCGUGGGACUUGCGAGGCAGCUUGACGAAGACUUUCGAGAGAGGAGGACUCGUCGUCGUCUUUGCCAGAGUAAGGGAGGAUGACAAGCUCGACGAGAGUCACCGGGGAGCCU